AUGAAUAAACACGUUGAUGUUGAUCACUGUUCAGGAGCUUGUAGAUUGGCACAUAUUUUAAUUUAUACUAUCAUCAACGGUGUUGAUAAAAAUGGAAAUAUGGUGAACAAUAAGCAUGAAGUGCAUUCAAAUGUGAAAAAGCAGACACUGAACUCAAACCCCAAGGAUUAUCAGCUUUUCCCUGUUGUCGACAUAGUGGAUGAAAGUGCUUGCAAGGGAAAAGUGCCGUUCGUUUUGAGCAUAACGAGUUGUGAUGUGUGUGAAAUAGAGACAAAGUCGAGCAAGACAAAUUGUAAAGUUAAGAGAUGUUUGAGGAAAUUGCAUGCUCAUAAUCGUUUACAAACUUAG